AUGCUCUCUCAUCCUAUGAAACUCCUCUUCUUCGUCUUUGCUCUCAGUGCCCUUCUUGCGGCCGCCACCCCCGUCGUUGAAGUUCGUGAUUAUCAACAGUUCAGUCGGGUCUCACUGAUAAAUUUUAUUUCCUUCAACAAGGCUAGGGGCGGGGAUCUGUGCGCCAAUGGGAAGAAGACCAUGUGCUGUGGUGAACUCGGGACUUUUUCGCCGACAGUUCUUGGCCUCCUCAGCGGCCUGAUGACAACAGUCGUUGGCCUAUUGGGAGAGAUUACCACACCUACUGGCCUCGUUGGCCUCAAAUGUGUACCCAUUACAAUAUUAGGUGAUGGGGGCCUCAGCAAAGAAUGCCAAACACAUGGCGUCUGCUGCAAGGAUCUCAAAUUGGUGGAUGCGAUUAGCGUCGGCUGCACUCCCAUCAAUAUUCUAUAA